AUGUGUCUGUACAGGGUUGCCACGCGGCAAAAACUAAUUUGGAAACUGUGUAGCCCUGUUGGCGUUGCCAGACAUUCUCCGGGAAAAAAUAUCCUAAAUAAACCUAUCGCCAGUUCAUGCGCCAAAAGUAGCGACUUCUUAAUUAAAAAUCUUGAUUUAACUGUGGAAAUGUCUCCAAGCAAACUUAAUCCCCGGGAAUCUGGCGCCUUUAUUGUUGAGCAUGCCAAGAACGUUCGUAUUCUACCCGCCGGAAUUGAAAAACUAACGCAGGAGAUUUUAAAAGCUCUAAAAGAAAAGCGUAUUGCCGUAGAAAACUUCUCGCAGCAUGAAUUGCAUCCUAAUCCGGAUCCAAAUCAGGCGGAGGAGUAUUCUAAGGCAGCCGAUUGGGUUUUUGUGCUGGACACCUUGAACUUUUGCUUCUGGACACCCAAUAACUAUACCAAAUACAAGGUCGAAGGCUAUACCGGCUACUUUGCGUUAUGUGCAGCUGUGAAAAGAGCCAUUAAAGAAGGUGUGGAUGUAAUUAAUCCAGAAUUUUACUCAAAGAUCGACCUAAAAACCCUGGAGAACAUUUUCCGGUCUGACGAUGGGGAGACUGAGAUUCCCCUAAUCCAAAAGCGUCUGGAAUCUCUUCACGAUGUGGGAAAAGUUCUAAUUGAAAAGUACAAUGGACGAUUUGAGAAUGUAAUCAAGGCAGCAGACAAAUCUGCAGUGCGUUUGCUCAAUCUUAUUGUUGAGGAAUUUCCUUGCUUUCGGGAUGAGGCAGAGUUCGCUGGGAAGCGUGUUUCCAUCCUAAAGCGCGCUCAGAUCCUUGUAGGCGAUGUGUGGUGCUGCUACAGUGCGAAAGGACUUGGCUACUUCGAGGACAUCGACAAAAUUACUAUGUUCGCCGACUACCGCAUUCCCCAGGUGCUGGUGCACUUUGGCAGUUUGGAAUACAGCAAAGAGUUAAUGGAUUUCCUGAAGACGGAUACCAUUUUGGAGAAUGGUGAUCCCCGAGAGGUUGAGAUACGCGGCGCAUCUAUUUACAUCAUUGAACAAGUAAGGGAUGCCGUGGUGAAAAUCCUGCAGGAGCAACACCCCGAAAUCUCGCCGGAUAAUGUUAACUCGGUUGUAAUUGACCAAUAUUUGUGGGACUACCGGCGUCAACACAAUGCCGACUUGGAGCACAUUCCCUUCCACAAGGUGCUGAGCAUCUACUACUAGCCAAGGGUAUACAAAUAAAGACGCCAGAUGAGUUUGUUAAA